AUUAAUUAUAGCCAAUAUGGAUCACUCCAAAAUGCAAAUGGAUAGCAUAUGCAUGUUCUUUUAUCAAAGCUCAGAAGUGAUUUUCCUCUUCGAAAGUCUCCAUGUCAGCAACUUGGGGGCCUAUAUCGCAUGACUUUUAUUCACAUUUUUCAUUGGAUUCUGCCUUGAAAUUGUCACUGUUGCAGUAAAUUAUCUAAAGCACUCAGCAAUGUUUGACCUUCAUAAGGUUGACUUUGGCCUCGUUCCAUGAGAGUCAAGAGACAAAGAGAAGAAAGAGAGUCUUCUUAAGCAAGGCUAUUUUGUUGAUGAUUCCUGAACUAGAGUCCAGAAGCGGCUACUCAUCUCGUUAGCAUAUUUCCUUCAGAUAACGCUUGGAUAUUUGUUGAUGAUGAUUGUAAUGACCUACAACUUCUUGUUGCUGUUAGUAGCUAUCUUAGGCAUGGUCUCAGGCUAUAUUCUCAUACAAUGUCUGCAGUCCCGAAUCAAAAUUGAAAUCAGUGAUUUAGAUAAUGUUUUAGAUGGAGAAAAGCGUUAAAACUAUUUAUACUAAACCCAGGUUUUUCGUGAA